AUGGUUGAACUGCUACCACAACUGGGAAAAACAUCUAAAGACCAUCCUGAUAAGAAGAAAUUAAUCUCGGUGCAGGAUUUUUUUAGAUACACAGAGGCUGAAGGAAGGAGGUUCUUUGAGGAGUUGGAUAGAGACGGUGAUGGCCAAGUAACUCUGGAAGAUCUAGAAGUUGAAAUGAGGAAACGAAAGCUGCCACGAAGAUAUGCUAAAGAAUUUAUGAGCCGUGCCAGAAGUCACUUAUUUUCCAGGUCUUUUGGUAUGAAACAGUUUUUAUCAUUAAUGGAACAGAAGGAGCCAACAAUUCUUCGUGCAUAUACUUCUCUUUGUCUAAGCAAGUCAGGGACACUGAAGAAGAGUGAAAUAUUGGAGUCACUAAAGAAUGCAGGACUCCCCGCAAAUGAAGACAAUGCUGUGGCUAUGAUGCGAUUUUUGAAUGCAGAUUCAGAAGAAUCUAUUUCAUAUGGACAUUUCCGAAAUUUCAUGCUUCUGCUUCCCUCUGAUCGUCUUCAAGAAGAUCCCCGGAGUAUUUGGUUUGAAGCGGCAACUGUAGUUGCUGUUCCACCGGCAGUUGAAAUUCCUGCAGGAAGCGUACUAAGAUCUGCGUUGGCAGGUGGCCUUUCCUGUGCCCUGUCUUGUGCCUUACUGCAUCCAGUUGAUACCAUUAAGGCAUGUUCUUGA